GAAAUCAAACGCAGAGAGCCUCCUCGUCGUCACCUUUGCUUUUCUCUCUGCAACUUUCUGUCUCUGUUGCUCGAUCGCAGUCCGGGCUAUUGACCAUCAGUCUGGAAGUUCACUGGGUCUGUAGAAUUAAAUUUAUGAAUAGUAAGUACCGUACAUAAUUCAACGUCAAUCAGCACAGUUUUCUUACACAAGUAUCUGGCUCCUGCAAAGCUGAAUCAUGUCAAGUGGAUCUGUUAGACGUGUCUCACGUCAAGAUAUACAAUUGGUGCAAAACCUUAUCGAGCGAUGCCUUCAGCUUUACAUGAAUCAGAAGGAAGUGGUGGAUACGCUACUGGAGCAAGCAAAAAUAGAGCCUGGUUUCACGGAACUUGUUUGGCAGAAGCUUGAGGAAGAGAAUCGUGAAUUCUUCAGCGCUUAUUACCUGAGAUUAAUGGUAAAGCAACAAAUAAUAGAGUAUAACAGGUUGCUUGAACAACAAGCGCGGUUGAUGCACCAGUUACACUCGACUGGAGUUUCCUCAAUUCCCACCUCCAAUGGAUCUCACAUUCCAUCGAUGCAUCAAAACUCAACAUGCUAUCCCCCAGACAGUGUAGGACCAGCAUUGAAGACAGAAAACUUACACCAUCAAGUUGGUACAUGCUUACCGACUCCAUUUACUAAUGGCGGGUCUUCAUUGCACAACAGUAUGGAGAAUACUCUUAAAAUGUCUGCUCAUGCCAACAGGAUUGAUGUCCCAUCAAACAUGCUUUCAACUCAGAGCUCCAACAUGGGGGGGCUGAUGCAAGGAAUAAACGGGGGAAUUAUAAAAUCUGAAGUUGGAUAUUCAGGCACGUCUUACAUGUAUGGUGCUGAUGGCAGCAACAUGGAAACACGACCCAAUAUGGGAGAUACUUCUGUUGCUCCUUUCAAUAGCGCAGAGGCCAAUUCACAACCCCUAACUGAAUCACUUCUUGAUUCGGACACUUCAACAUUUGGUUUUUUAACUCAGAUUCCUCGAAAUUUCAGUCUCUCAGAUCUGACAGCAGACUUUUCUCAGAGUUCAGAUAUACUGGAGAGCUAUCCUAGAUCACCCUUCUUAGCUACAGAUAAUGAAAACUUCCUGGAUCCUCGUGAAAGGGAACAUCAGGGAGACAAUAACAGGCUGGACACCAUUUCAGAAGGCGUGAGUUAUGAAGAGUUUGCCAGUGAAUAGUCAUGUAAUUUUAAAGUCAAUUUUCGUGCUAGGACAGAAGGAACAUAUACAUAGCAUUCAAGAUUUUUAGAGAACUCAGAAGCUGAAACUUGUACUCUUUCAAGAUUUUGGUUGGUGUGGAACUCACUGAUGUAGUGAGAAUUUGACAGUAGAAUGCUGCUUCCAAAGUGGAAACUGGAUAGUGAUGGGAAAUGUGUGUGACUUUGCACAUGGAUGAUUGGUUCCUUGUGGUGAAUUGAUCUUUGAAACAAAUAUAUUUUGUAGACUUAUCCAACGAAAGAGUCAUGAUGGUUAAUAAAGAAGUUUAUGUAUUUUGCUUGAGCU